AUGCAUCGUUCUCUUCGGCUUCAAAAGAAAACACUGGACAGGACGAUUUCGGAGCUUGAACAGAAGGCUGCAGAAGAAGCAGUGGGUAAUGAAUUGCUAGAAAAGCUGGGAGAUUUGGUAACUGAAAGGGAAGGUAUUCAGAGGAAGCUUUCAACAAGUUACAGUUUGGGAAGGGAUAGAGCUGCCUCGUCUAACUCACUCCUCCCUUUAUAUGAUGGGAAAACAAGAAGCUACUCUUUCCAAGGUUCAAAGAAAGAGAGUGUUACUAUCUUCCGCACACUCAGUGAUACUUCUUCAGCAGAUAGCAGCAGUGAAGAAGAGGCCAACACGAAUAUAUACAAAGACAAAGAGUCAGCAAUCAAGGCAAAGGGAAAGGCACAUAUUGAAAUGGGGAAUUCUAGCAAUGGUAAGAAUUAUGAAAUCCAUUAUCGGGCUACUCCUUCCGGGUCAGGAUCAGGCUCAAAAGGCUUCAUAAACCCAUUGUUUAUGGAGCAGGCAAGUGAUGAAACAGGGAAAGUGAAGUUUCAAGAUGAGGGAGAGGUGAUGGAAACAAUGCAAAAUGGUAGUAGGAGUAUCAGGAAGAGGGCAUCGUCCUCAACCAACUAG